AUGGAAGACCAAUCGAUGACAAAAGUCACCGAGCAGCAAAAAGUUAAGGCACCGCAGUUCAAGGACUUACUGGAGAAGUUGAAAGCCAAAGAACAGCCAGAAGAGAUGAGACGGGACGAUGUCUACACGAGUACGAGUCCCAACCCUGGGCCCAGUACUGAGACGAAUAUAUACAACGGGCGCAAUACGAAGGCUCAGAGGGAUCUGGCUUAUGUUGAGAAACAUUUAAACAGUUGCAGAACGAUAAUCUCUGAUUUGAAGGGUCUGCUUGAUGGACAGCCAGCUCAGUCCCAGCCCAUAGAGCAGGCAUGGAGGCAAGAGCUAGCUGACGUUGAGAAGGGAUUGACGUUCCCGAAGACGGUGAUAGCUGUGAUAGGGAACACAGGAGAAGGAAAGUCCAGCCUGAUGAACGCAGUGCUCGACCAUGUCAAUGUCCUGCCUACUUCCGGCCAUCUGGCGUGUACAGCUGUCGUGGUAGAGGUUGUUCAGAACACAACUAGCAACAGUUUCGAGGCCGAUAUCGAGUUCCUACAGAGCAAGGAAUGGUUUGACGAGCUACAGUUACUUCUGAAAGAGUUACAGGACGGCACAAGCAAGAAUAAUGAUACGUACGCCUCCUACUGCAAGGUGAAGGCCGUGUAUGGUCGGAUUGGCUCAUUCGAAAUCCUGUCUGAAAUAACCGACGUUACCAACAUGCUCGGCCGCAUUAUUCACAUCCAGGAAAAUGACCCCGAGGAAUUCCGCCUCCAAAUCGAAAAGUACAUUGCGAAUCUGGACUCACGUACCGAAGGUCAAUACUGGCCGAUAGUGAAGCACGUAAGACUACUAAUGCCCCGUUGUGAUGCGUGCAGUAGUGGAACCACACUGGUCGAUCUGCCGGGGAUGAGGGACUCGAAUGCUGCCAGGGAUAAGAUAGCAAAAAAUUACCUGAAGAACUGCACGGCAAUAUGGGUUGUGUCCCGUAUCCACCGAGCCAUCGAUGACAAGACGGCCAAAGACUUGCUAGAGGCGAAUUUCCGGCGCCAGUUGCUCAUGGAUGGACAGUACGGCAGUAUCGCCUUCAUCUGCACCAUGACUGAUGACUUCAUGCCCUCAGAAAUCAUCAGGUCACUUAAUCUUAAAGAGAAAACCAAAAAAUAUGAAGAAAACGUGAAAAACAUGGAACAUAAGAAGGCCGCUCUUGACAGAGAGAUCGCUAACGUCAACAAUGUUCUGCAUGGACUCAAAACGAGUAUAGAUGAGCAGAAAGAUGAAGUCCGGGAACUGAAGGACAAUCUGGCUAAGAUUGACUCCCUGCUCAAAGCAGCAGAAGCAGAACAGGUACAGAGUGAGGAGCUGGAACUUAUUCAGGAGCGUAAGGAAGAGUUGAAGACCAAGGAUGCCCUGAUCAGGGAAAAAGAGGACCAGAAUAACGAACUGCUUCGCCAGAAUAAGGAAGCCUAUGAGAAGGUAUUAUAA